AUGAGCUCCCUCAUGGGUCCGAGCCGCUCCUUGGUCGCCUUCCUGCGCCACUUGCGCAUCCUCGGGCCGCCCCCCCAACCUUUGUCACCUGCGCGCGCGCCCCCGGAGCCGCGGGCGGUCUCCCGCGGCUGCCCGUGGAUGGAACGCGGCGCGCAUCCCCCGGCGGCCGCCCUGCCCGGCCCCACCAACUGGCCACUGCUGGGCAGCCUGCUGGAGAUCCUCUGGAAAGGGGGGCUCAAGAGACAGCACUAUACGCUGGCCGAGUACCACAGGAAGUAUGGCAAGAUCUUCCGCAUGAAGCUGGGCACCUUCGACUCGGUGCACCUGGGCUCCCCGUGCCUGCUGGAAGCGCUGUACCGCACCGAGAGCGCCCACCCGCAGCGCCUGGAGAUCAAACCCUGGAAGGCCUAUCGCGACCACCGUGCCGAGGGCUACGGGCUGCUGAUCCUGGAAGGGGAAGACUGGCAGCGAGUCCGGAGCGUCUUCCAGAAGAAACUCAUGAAACCCGUGGAAAUCAUGAAGCUGGACAAGAAGAUCAACGAGGUCUUGGCGGACUUUGUGGGAAGACUGGAUGAACUCUGUGACGAGCGAGGCCGCAUUGCCGACAUCUACAGCGAGCUGAACAAGUGGUCCUUUGAAAGCAUCUGCCUCGUGCUCUACGAGAAGAGGUUUGGGCUCCUACAGAGGAACACGGACGCCGAAGCUCUGGACUUCAUAGCGGCCGUUAAAACAAUGAUGAGCACGUUUGGGAGGAUGAUGGUCACCCCAGUGGAACUGCACAAGAGCCUCAACACCAAGGUGUGGCAGGAGCACACGCGGGCCUGGGACACCAUCUUCACGACAGUCAAGGCUUGCAUCGACAGCCGGUUAGAGAGAUGCUCGGAGCAGCCCCACACAGACUUCCUUUGGGACAUCUAUCGCCAUGGCUCCAUCUCCAAGAAAGAGCUGUACGCCGUGGUCACCGAGCUGCAGCUGGGCGCGGUGGAGACGACGGCAAACAGUUUAAUGUGGAUCCUCUACAACUUAUCUCGAAACCGCCACGCGCAGCAAAAGCUUCUGAUGGAAAUUCAGAGCGUGGUGCCUGCAAACGGCGAGCCGCGGGCAGAGGAUCUGAAGAAUAUGCCCUAUUUAAAGGCCUGCCUGAAGGAAUCGAUGAGGCUUAACCCCAGUGUGCCAUUUACAACUCGUACGCUUGACAAGACCACAGUGCUGGGUGAAUACACGUUACCCAAAGGAAUCAUCCGCAAGUAUGACCUUGUAGCCACCGACAACGAGCCCGUGGAGAUGGUACACUCAGGGAUCCUGUUACCCAGCCGUGAGCUGCCCAUUGCUUUCUGUCAGCGGUGA